AUGGGUGAUACAACAUUUUUGGAGGUACCUAUAUCAGAUGAUACACUUCAGUUGCUCUUUGAAGCUUCCAACUCUUCUAACUUGGAGAAGUCCUUGGAGAUUCUCAUUCAUAAUGCAAAAUCCGAUUCUGGACGUUUGGAACUAGCUUCGAAAAGGAUUCUCCCUGCAGUACUUAACAUAGUCCAGUCACUUGCUCAAGCUUCAAAUCACCAUCACCAUCAUCAUACCCUUUCUCUGUGUUUCAAGCUCCUUAGAAACUUGUGUGCUGGAGAAGCUGCAAACCAGGUCUCAUUUCUUGAGCUUGAUGGCGUGGCAGUUGUUUGUAGUGUUCUGAGAUCAGAGGCUGGUUCGUCAGGCCCUGAUAGUGGGUUUGUACGGUGGGGUCUUCAGGUUCUGGCAAAUGUUUCUUUGGGGGGGAAAGAACAUCAGCAUGCUAUUUGGGAAGAGCUAUAUCCUAUUGGGUUUGUAUCACUUGCUAGAGUUGGCACUAAGGAGACUUGUGACCCAUUGUGUAUGGUGAUUUAUACUUGCUGUGAUGGAAAUCCUGAAUGCUUUAAAAAGUUGUCCAGUGAGGAUGGCUGGCCUGUAAUGGCAGAACUAGUGAGAACAGCUUGUUAUGCUAGUUUUGGUGAGGAUUGGUUGAAGUUGCUCCUUUCAAGAAUCUGCCUUGAAGAAUCUCAAUUGCCUGUGUUGUUUUCCAAAUUGCAGUUUGUGGAUAUUCCUGAGGGAGCAGUUACUGAGUCAAAAGAUGAUCAGUUUUCGCUUGAUCAAGCAUUUCUUCUGCAAAUCCUAUCGGAAAUCUUGAAUGAGCGGCUUGGAGAAGUUAUUGUUUCAAAUGAUGUUGCAUUGUUUGUAUUUGGAAUAUUCAAGAAGUCUACAGGGGUUCUUGAACAUGCAAUGAGAGGGAAGUCUGGUCUUCCUAGUGGCUUAGCUGGGGUUGAUGUUCUUGGCUACUCUCUUACCAUAUUGAGGGACAUUUGUGCUCAAGAUGGUGUGAAAGAUUAUGCAAAGGAUACAAGUGAUGUUGUUGAUGUGUUAUUGUCAAAUGGGCUCACAGAGUUGCUUUUGUCUUUGCUUGGUGCCCUUGAACCUCCAGCAAUAAUCAGGAAAGGAUUCAAACUAAUCGAGAAUCAAGAUAGUGCUAGUUGUUACUCAAAACCAUGCCCUUACAAGGGCUUUAGACGAGACAUAGUUGCGCUAAUUGGCAAUUGUGUUUAUAGAAGGAAGCAUGCGCAAGAUGAAAUCCGGAAUAGGAAUGGAAUUCUACUGCUAUUGCAGCAGUGUGUUACUGAUGAAGACAAUUCUUUCCUGAGAGAAUGGGGGAUAUGGUCUGUGAGGAAUCUGCUGGAGGGCAAUGAUGAGAACCAAAAGGUAGUUGCUGAAUUGGAGAUUCAGGGAUCUGCUGAUGUGCCUGAAAUUAAUGCACUCGGUCUCCGAGUGGAAGUUGAUCAGAUAACUCGACGGGCGAAGCUUGUGAACAUCCCAGCCCAUGAAUGA